AAAUUCAAACAAUUCUCUACAUAUUCGGCAUGUGAGUAUCGAAAUUUUUGUUCAAAUGAAGCUGGGCCCAGCUUUGAAACAGAGGCUUCGGGGUGUCGCAGCUGCGAUGCAUUUGCUGGCACCCCGCAGCCGCAAAGAAUUGCCGAUGCGUAGGAUGACCACCAGAGCUGCAUCGGAAAUUUCGCCAGAAUUGCACGAGUGUCCCAAUAACAUCGCCAUCCGGGAGCCGUAUGCCGUACUGCAAAACUGGCUGUCGGUUGCUCUGAACGAGGCAUCACGGUGCGAGCCUCGGGCGGCCUGUUUGGCCACCGUGGAUAUGGCCGGGCAGCCUGUCACGCGAAUGACCAACGUCGAGCAGAUAAAUGCCGCUGGGCUCACAUUCUAUACGACGCUGGGCAGUCGCCUGACGGGCGAGAUCACCAACAAUCCUCAUGUGUCGCUGCAGUUCUUUUGGCCGCACGUGAAACGCAGUGUACACAUUGCCGGGCAUGUCAGUCCCGUGUGCGCUCUGCAGGCACAGCUGCAGUUCGCCCGAUAUCCGCGCGAAGUGCAGCUCAGCAUGCACGGCAUACCGAGCAAAAGAAGCGGCAGGAUCAUGGAGUAUUUCGCCAAACUGUUCAAAAGUGAUCGGGAGCAGGAUGUGCCCCUGCCCCGCGAUUGGGGCGGUCUUCUAUUGAGCCCGACCUUUUAUGAGUUCUCUCAGGUCGAUCCUGAGGAGCCGGGCAGGCGGUGCAUGCGUUUUCGACGCUGCCUCACGAUGCCACGUGGUAUGAGAAAUGAAACAUGUAAUGCGGAUCGUUAUGAUUGGGUCUUUGACAGCUGCACUGACCAUGAUAGCUACAUAAUUUAAGCCUUCAUAUAAAUUCCUUUGUGUAAUAAUAAAUA